GCCAUCUUAGAUUCGGUAUUGGUAUUUUGUGCGUGUGGUAUUGUUUGUAUUUUGUAUUGUAAUUUUUGUUGUAUUUACGCAUUUCCAGCGGUACUGGCGUCCGUUUUCGUACGGGUUUGUUGAAUUAAUUUGAUUGUUAAAUCUUGCUAUCCCGUUCUCGUUAGCGUGAACAAAUACAACGUGCUCUGCUCACUGUCAACACUUGGGCAGAUUACAUUUUGGAACUCCUGGUUUUUGGUUUGUAGGCCUAAUAACUCUCAGUUCCAAGCUUCAGUGGAGGGAUUCUAAUAACUAAGUAAAAAUGUCACACACAAUCCUUCUCAUCCAACCUGGUAACAAGCCGGAGACAAGGACAUACUCGGACUAUGAUUCUGUCAACGAGUGCAUGGAAGGUGUGUGCAAGAUAUACGAAGAGCAUUUGAAGAGGCAAAAUCCAAACACACCUUCAAUCACCUACGACAUUAGUCAGCUCUUUGACUUUAUUGACCAACUGGUGGACCUGUCCUGUCUGGUGUACCAAAAGUCAACAAAUACUUAUGUUCCGUACAACAAAGACUGGAUAAAAGAAAAAAUAUACGUUUUGCUGCGUCGACAAGCUUCAAGAGGCAACUAAAACCAACUCUCCAGCAUUAUAGGACUUUUGGUGUUUGAAGCUGAGCGAAACAUAAUUCAUUGUGAAAUAUAAGUGAUUAGUAAGUGUAAUUUUUGAAGUAUUUAAUUUGUGUUUCCAAACAAGCUUGAGAUAUUUUUGACGUUUCAUUGUCAACAAAUUUUUUGAUCAUUUGUGAUUUUAGUUAAUCUAGUUUAUAAUCCAUGUGAUUGCUUAAAAUGUCAUCAUCAGUAAAUAAGGACCGUCAUUAAUUUAAAGAGCUUAUUCAAUUGAUUUUUAUUUAAUUGAUUGACUAGUUCAUGGAAUAGUUUCACAGACUCAUAAAUUAAUUGAUUUCAGCAUAGCUUACCUUCUAUAUGUUUAUUACAGUAAAGAUUAUCGACUUGAGAUUGUCAUGUAGGCUACUAUAGUUAUUUGUGGACAUUAUAAUGUGUACCUAGGGGCUGUCCUUGUGUCCUAAGCUGCCUAUUGUUCUCAGGUGCUCAGGAUGGUACCGUUACUGCCGCUCAACCGAACUCACACUUAAGAGUGACAAUAAAAAAAUAUGCUAUUGUAGUUCCCUGAUAAUUUAUGUUGAUACUAAAUGUCCCUUAAUUGCUGGUGAAAAUAUGUAAACGUUGAUUUAUUCCCAUGUAAUUUGAUUUGGAAUUAAUAGACAUUUUUUUAGAAACUGUAAUAUGACAUUGUUUGAAUUGUAAUAGCAAGGAAAAUCAAAUGUCACUAUUGGGCUCCAUAGUCUCCUUCAGUGUGAACUCAGUCGAGCGGCAGUACAGGUCGGCCAAAGUUUCUGUGCGCGCGACCAGAUCUGGUUGAGUCUAGGCGAGGGGGUAGGCGGGGGUACUUUUGUGAAAACAUUUGUGUCUUGCUACUCACUCACCACUACCACCACUACCCCCAGCACUGCCAAUAGCCGGUGCCCGUAUGUUUUAGUUCGGCUAGUAGCGACCCGUUCACGCGCACAGAAGUUUUGGCCGAGCUGUAAACUAAAGGUCCUGUAGCCAUACUGGCGAACAAUACACGGCCUAGGAUGCGGCCACAUUAGCUUGUCCUUGAGAUACACAAUACAGUGUCGUUGUAUAUAGGUUUACAAAAGCUGUUUGUAUUUUAAAUAAAAGUUUUAACAUUAUUCAAUUUGUUUAACAUUUAGGGGUUCUAUGUUAGACACAAGAUGAGAAUAAUUUUUUAUUGCCUCUAAAACUGUAAAGAUAGUUCGAUGAUGGACUGAGAUCCAAAUAAAUAUAACGAGGCUGUUUCAUUUAGUUUGUUGUUUUUUUUGUAUUUUGGAUUAAAUUUAUUCCUAAAAUUCAA